AUGGGGAGCGUGAGAGGCCUGUGGUCUUGGAUGCUAGCUUUGCUCUCCUUGCCGGGUUUGAUCCUGGGAGCACCCUCACCACCCAGAUGUUCAGGAGUCUGCAGUACCAGUGUCCCAGAAGGCUUCAUUCCCGAAGGGAGCCAGGUAUCGCAGGACAAGGACAUCCCCGCAAUUAACCAAGGGCUCAUCUCAGAGGAGACCCCAGAAAGCAGCUUCCUGGUUGAAGGGGACAUCAUCCGGCCGAGCCCCUUCCGACUGUUGUCAGUGACCAACAAUAAAUGGCCCAAGGGUGCUGGUGGCAUUGUGGAGAUUCCCUUCCUGCUCUCCAACAAGUAUGAUGAGCCCAGCCGCCGGGUCAUUAUGGAGGCUUUCGCCGAGUUUGAACGUUCCACAUGCAUCCGGUUUGUUGCCUACCAGGGCCACAGAGACUUCAUUUCCAUCCUUCCUAUGUCGGGGUGCUUCUCCGGUGUGGGACGCAGUGGAGGGAUGCAGGUGGUGUCCCUAGCACCUACUUGUCUCCAGAAGGGCCAUGGCAUCGUGCUCCAUGAGCUCAUGCACGUGCUUGGCUUUUGGCAUGAGCAUUCACGGGCAGAUCGGGACCGCUACAUCCGCGUCAAUUGGAAUGAGAUCCUCCCAGGCUUUGAAAUCAACUUCAUCAAGUCUCGGAGUAGCAACAUGCUAGCACCCUAUGACUACUCAUCAGUGAUGCAUUAUGGGAGGUUUGCCUUCAGCUGGCGUGGGCAGCCCACCAUCACACCCCUCUGGACCACUAGCGUCCACAUUGGCCAGCGAUGGAACCUGAGCACCUCGGAUAUCACCCGGGUCCGUAGGCUAUACAACUGCAGCCCCAGUGUCCCUGACUCCCACAGGAGAGGGUUCGAGGCCCACAGUGAUGACAGUGAUGGAAGAAACCUCCCUCCUUCCUUCCUAUCAUAUCUACAGAGACUUCUGGAGGCACUGGCGGAAGAAUCUAGAAGCUCUGACCCCAGUUGCUCCAGGACCAGAGGCCAGGGUAUUAUUCCAGAGAUCGUAGACAGCCAGGAAAGGUGGGAUCAUCCUGCUCAGAGCAAGUUCAGUAUGGAGGCCUUGGCAAGACCACCUCAGAUGCAAGCUGCUUCUCCAAGGUCAGGGCCCGGAGCAGAUGCAGAUGGCAUCUCUCUAGAGCAGUUUCAGGCAGCCCAAGAGCCCGUUGUACCUCCUGCUCCAUUUCCAGAAGCCAGAGAUCAGCCAGCACCUAUUCAAGAUGCCUUGGAGAGUCUAGCUCAGUUUCCAGGAGGUUAUGCACCUGGAAGUCACAUUAGAGAGGUGCCCAGAGACUGA